UUUGUCAAGUGCGGCUAUGCAGGCUCCAACUUCCCCGAACACAUUUUCCCAGCGCUGGUUGGCCGGCCAAUCAUCCGCUCCACGGCUAAAGUCGGCAACAUUGAAAUCAAGGACCUGAUGGUGGGGGACGAGGCCAGCGAGCUGCGCUCCAUGUUGGAGGUGAACUACCCCAUGGAGAACGGCAUCGUCAGGAACUGGGACGACAUGAAGCACCUGUGGGACUACACCUUCGGCCCCGAGAAACUCAACAUCAACUCACGCGACUGCAAGAUCCUGCUGACCGAGCCGCCCAUGAACCCCACCAAGAACAGAGAAAAGAUUAUAGAGGUGAUGUUUGAAACGUACCAGUUCACAGGAGUUUAUAUCGCCAUCCAGGCCGUCCUCACGCUCUACGCUCAAGGUUUGCUGACCGGCGUGGUGGUCGACUCCGGUGAUGGCGUCACUCACAUCUGUCCGGUGUAUGAGGGCUUCUCGCUGCCCCACCUGACCCGACGCCUCGACAUCGCAGGCAGGGACAUAACACGCUACCUCAUCAAGCUGCUGCUGCUGCGAGGUUACGCCUUCAACCAUUCGGCUGACUUUGAGACGGUGCGGAUGAUGAAGGAGAACCUGUGCUACGUCGGUUAUAACAUCGAACAGGAGCAGAAGCUGGCGCUGGAGACAACCGUGCUGGUGGAGUCGUACACGCUCCCCGACGGCAGGGUGAUCAAGGUGGGAGGUGAGAGGUUCGAAGCCCCCGAGGCGCUGUUUCAACCUCACCUCAUCAACGUGGAGGGCGUGGGUGUGGCCGAGCUGCUCUUCAACACCAUCCAGGCCGCAGAUAUCGACACCAGGUCUGAGUUCUACAAGCACAUCGUCCUCUCCGGAGGCUCCACCAUGUAUCCCGGCCUGCCGUCCCGCCUGGAGCGCGAACUGAAGCAGCUGUACCUGGAGCGAGUGCUGAAGGGAGACGUCGACAAGCUAUCGAAAUUCAAGAUCAGGAUAGAGGACCCCCCUCGGCGUAAACACAUGGUGUUCCUGGGCGGCGCUGUGCUGGCCGACAUCAUGAAGGACAAGGACAACUUCUGGAUGACGCGGGAGGAGUACCAGGAGAAAGGGACCCGAGUGCUGGAGAAGCUCGGAGUCACCGUCAGAUAAAACACAAACAAACACUUCCCACUCCCCCACACACCCACCCACCCACCGUCCCUCCAUCUACACCCCGUCCCCCGUCAGCUGAUAUCCAUGCAUCACUUAUGUUGAUGUGUCUGGAUGGUCACACCGUGUCUUCGAUUCACGCUCGUUUUGAAAAGAGGGAAGGAUGGAAGGAGGGAGGAAGGAUGUGGAGUUGUGGGAAGUUCUUUAAUAUUUGCCCAAAGACACAAAAAAAUACUGAAAAUUAGGUUUUUGAGAUGUAGUGCCAUUAAGUGCUUCAACGCCGUUCAAAGGAACAGUAACACUUGAGGAAAAUAUGCUUAUGUGCUUUCUUGGUGAGACUUGGAUGAUAAGAAUGAUGCCACUCUUAUAUCUGCUAUUCGAUAUGAAGCUGGAGCCAGGAGAUGGUUAGCGUAGUUUAGCAUAAAGAUGAGUAUGAAGCUUCAUGUUUUAGGGAGCAGGUUUAUGUGCCGGACUGUUUCGACUCGUCGUCGACGUGAGCGAGGAUUUCUAAACGUCCUUUUACUGUUCAGCCGCCGUAACGUAGAUGACAGGAGAGAAGAGUUGGUAAAAAUGUUCACAGAUUUCCCAGAGAACCGAUUUGUCCAAUCCAUCUGAAAGGUAAUCCUCCGAGCUUAUCAAUUAAACCUUUAUCAUUGUCUGACAGUUGCACUUUGCAUAAAAAGAAGUUAAACUCACAACAUGAAGGAGUCAUUGCGGAGACGAAGAAAUGGUCCCAAACUACUCAAAGCUGUUUCUACGCUGUAUUCGGACUUUAGAGGUUAUAAAACAGUUGAGUUGAUCAGGAAUCAAUAACGAAUGAGCAUUUGUAUCAGCAAAAUCGUAUCCACUCCCGUCCCUACUGGUGGAGGUUGCUGGGGGGGCCAUGUGCAGCCUGCAGACACUACUCAGGGCUAAGAAAGUGCUUCACCUCCUCUGCCUGUUAUUUUUGGGCUAAAUCAUGUUUAUGAAGUCCGGUUAACAAUGUUGAGGUUCACGUAGCAACAUCUGUUUGUUAUUUAUCCAUUAAUUAAUGUAGUAUAUAAUGAUUGAUAAUGAUUAUUAUGAAAUGUGCAAUAACCAAUUUCUAUUCUUAUCUCGAUGAAGUCCUAAUAAAUCAUAUAACGGUGGCGGAUGGAAACAAACAAUCAGUUUCUUUUACCAAUUUUCUCAAACUUCAGUUAUUGUUCCUGGCUAAGAAAUAGUCAGGCACCGCGUGGAAACCCUCAACGUGAUGUUUCUACACUCGGAGCGAUGUAACCAAACGAGAAAUAACAUGCUAAUAGCUAAUCAGUGAGCUUUACAGGUGGAUUUGUGUUACCUUUGGGCAGAGCUAGGCUAGCUGUUUCCCUCUGUUUCCAGUCUCUAAGCUAAGCUAACCUUUGAUGGUAAAACUGGUACCACUCCCAUUCAGUAAAUAUCAGCCGGUUAGCUUAGCUUAGAGACUAGGUUAACUUGGUUAUCUCGGAAGCAGAAAUAAGCAUAUUUCCCAAAAUAUCAACCUAUUCCUUUAAAGAUUAAACCAUUCAAUCGAUGGCAUUAAAAAAUGUUCAAACUCAUCAGUUAACUUUGAUAAAGUGGAGAUAUUCUAAGAUUUUUUUUUUUAGAGCCCGAAUGAGCUCCUGGCUGUUUUCAAGUCGAAGACGAUGAAUGAUUAUUAUUAUUAUUAUUAUUAUUAUUAUUAUUAGUGAUGCGUUUGAGUUCCUUUCCAAAACCUCUGCCAUUUGAAAAAUGUGUCACCUAAUCUGUCAAAACAGAUGCUGGCAUUAAAACUAAUGCUCACAGUGGAGUUCCCUCGCAUUCCCUGUCGAAUGUUUUUGGAUUGACUCGCAGGGCAGGACGCAAUUUUUAACUCCUCGUUUGGCUUCAUUUGCGUCUUGGUUGGGACGUUUGCUUGCUUCUUGAGCUGUUUGCAUCCUCCGCGAGAGAGUGUGGUAAAUAUGAAGAUGUGAGAUGAACACAUGGGGAAGGUUUUAUUUGUGGUGGUGAGCAGGGUUUUGGAAGCAGGCCAGUUGGAGCUUUUAACAGGGUUUGAUUUUGGGGCGUCUCUGUAUCCAGUUUAUGACCAACAAAUCUCAGAUCACACGGGACGGUUUCCAUUACUCAACAAAGCAUCAAGUCAUUCCUUAGUCUCCAUCCAGGAUUGUCUUAUCAGCGUCCUGGAUCGCCGCCUCCACAAGGUCCGACAUUUCAGUCACUGAGCAGCUCUUAAAGUUUGCUUCGGGAACAGUAUAUUAAAAGUAUGAACUCGGCUGCGUGGUAGCCGUCUUUUUAUUGACGAGGGAGGUUGUAAAGUAGAGUUGAUCAGAUACUGAUACAGUAUCAGUAAUUCCUCCUAUACUGCCUAAAAUAUGGGCAAAAAUUGGAAUGAACUCUCUUCAGCUUCUGAUGGAGGACAAGUCUUUACCAACAUUGCUGUAAUUUCUAUAUUUGGUGGCGUAGAGAAACGGCGUUAGUGGCAGCUCUACAGGCGUCAAAUGUUUGGUAAAAACUUUACCAUUCAUGUAGUAUUAGUUCUUCUCCUGACAGGUUUUAUGUACUUACAGCUCAGUGACUGAAAGGGAUUCAGGGCUGUGAUAAUAUGUGCUGGAUCAUCACUUCUCUUGUGACAUUCAUGCACCGUGCUUUCAAUUCCACUGAGGCUCCAUCAGCUUCUCCUUUAUUUCAUAUAUUUCUGACACUUUUGCUUCUUUUUAUGUUCCUGAACAUUGAUGUGCUUUUUGUUUCAGAGUCCGGGCAUCUGCCUUUUGCUCUGAGGGACUGUUAAUCUUCUGAUUGUACAGCUGUUUGCUGACCUGUUUCAUUCAAUGAAGGGGCACUGUCGUCACAAUAACAGCUGAUCUGAGUUCAGCCGUCAUUUUAAAGUCUGGGGAACACACUGAUUGGCUGGUCCUGGGUCAGAUGUUGGGGCCAAAAUAAAACAUAUCCUGGUUUAAAGGGUUCAUUUGGGUUUUUUUGGAAGCGGGGUUAUUUGAGGAACUGAUCAUGGAAGCUAAUCGGUGUACUGCUGUGGACGGAGGCAGCAACAAAGCGUAGUUUAGCCACCAAAGACAGCCUCGCUCCACCAGACUCCAUUGACAAAAACAGGGCUUUUAGCUCACCGCUGCCUCGAUCAGUUUGUGUUAUCGUACAACUUUAUUACGUUAGUUUGGAUCCAAACUAACGUUAACUGUUUGCAGUGGACCUGUAACUCCCGUGUCCUGCCGCAGAGUUACUGUAGUUUUGUAUGUUUCAUUAGUUUUUAUUUCUUUUUUGCUUUUAAUUUUUUGUUAUAAAUUCAGUUCAGUUUAGUUUCUAUUGUUUAAUAGUUUAGUUUGUUUUUUUAUUAGUUUCAGUGUAUCUAAAUUGUUUUAUUUUAGUUGUGUAAGUGCACAAUAUAAUUUUAAUCUUAUUUCAGUUAACUAAAAAGUUUUUUCAGGACUAGUUUUAGUCAUAAGGACCUUGGUGCUAAGGUAAAAUGACUGUUUUUGUCAAUGGAGUC